CUAGCCUAAACCUACAGUACACACCACAAUAUGACACGUUCCAUAUGAAGAAUAACAGUCUAUUCUCUCCAUCGUGUGCGUCAGGUGUGUUUAGAGAACGCCUUCGUCCUCUUGCACGCUUCUGCCGGUAACACCCACAAGUCAAACUUGAUCCCGAAGCAGCGCGAGGAUUACCAUUUACUUCUCAACCUGAGAGCGCGCGCGCUGUCACCGUAAACGAAAAGCCUGAAAAAGGUUCAACAAACUUGAGCUGUUGAACUGAGCUGUGUGACUGAGGGUCAGAGAACAGAGGUUGAGACAACAGAGAGGCUCAAAACAAAGAGGCUUGUACUGGGUUGUUGCAUGCCCAACGGGAGCUGCAGGUGUGUAUAUCAGGGAAAGCAACACAGGCAGACAGACUGAGGUAACUGGAGCAGGCCCUGACACUCCCUACAGGACAUACUGAGAGAGAGAGAGAGAGAGAGACGCUCUGAGGUACCGACUUGCAGGACUUCUCCUACAGGGUCACCCAGCACAACAUGCAGGGGGAGAGUGAACACCAACACCAAGACGAUAACAUGGAAGCCACUGCCGUUAAAGAGACAAGGAGUGUAUCCAGCCAUAGCAACCCUAGCAACCAUAUCAACCCUAGCGCGACUGCGGUCAACCGUAACGGCCACACCAGAGGGACGUUGCCCCCCACUGAGGUUCUGUCUCUACGGGGUCUCAGGAAGACGCAGAGCAGCUCAUUGGAGGACGAAGAGAAGGUUUCCAGGACCAAUAAGAGGACGGUGCUGUCCAGAGGAUCUAAUCUAACCCGCUCCGGGAGUGUCAAGGACCUGAUUCACAAGUUCUCGGGCUCCUCGUCAGUCAAUGAAAACGACUCACCGGUUCUGUCAAUGGGCGGAUCCCUGCCCGAAGACUCUAACCGGCCAAUCAGGAUGUCCACAGCCAGAACUGUGGAGGUACUGGCCUAUCAGAACUCCCAGUCCAACCCAAACACAGCCACUCCCAGUAGUACCACAGUACAGACACAGAGCCCAGUCAGAAUGUCCACAGCCAAGUCCACCUCCCAGUCCAACCCAGCCAUUCACAGCAGCAGCACCGUAGAGAACCAGAACCCGGUACCUUCUAUCGAACUAACCCCUCCACCCAAGGAGUCUCAGCCCGGCCUUAAGGGGACGAAGACGGGCUCACCACAGCCCAGGAGUCCUUCAGACAGUCAUUCCCAGAAGGGUGAGGGCCAGAACCAGGGUGGCUCACACAAAGAUUCCAUGGCAGGCUCUGGAUUGGCUUCGGAAUCAGACUUUAAUCCCAACAAGAGGCCUGAAAGUCCCCCAUCUGAAGACGAGCCAUCCAAUCCCAUCAAAGUCCGCCAGAACCCCAAAUACCAGCUGUACCUGAGUGGAGACGUGCCGGGGAACGGUUCCAGGGAUACGAAUGGAACAUUUGGGGGAGAGAACGUGAACGGGAUGGAACCCAGGAACAGUUCCCGUUGGGACAGCGCUAGUUCCAGAUUCGGGCCAAACUAUCACGGGUCCCUGGAAUCUCUGGCCUCUCGGGACUGGGACACCAUGUCGGACAGGCUGGGAGGUUUUGAGAGUCCUCCCAGGGUGUUCAACAGUCCCUACGCUACAGCGGCUUCCACGGACUACAACCCUGGCAUGUACCGGAUGUCAGAGUAUAAGGAGGGAUUGUCUCCAGCCACAUCAGAGCUGAACCUGUUCAACAGCUACAACAGCAGGAGUACCAGCCCUGUGCCCUCCUUCACCCGGACUGUGACCGCCCAACGUGCACCCUUCUCAACCUACGACACCAUCAGGAGGCGGGACCAGCAGGGGAUGUCAAGCCAACUCCACAUGCGUUCCACUGUGUCGUCUGUCGCUAUGCCCAACAAGAGAGACUACAUCGAGGAGUUGACCAGGCAGUUGGAUGCCUGUCAGAAGAGGAACCAGUUCCUGGAGGCAGAGAGCGUAGAGAUGGAUAAAGAGAGGAACCAGAUCAGGUUGGAGAUGAGAAGCCUGUUGGUGAACAACGAGGACCUUCUCAGAACCAACAGUACCCUGCAGAUGGAGAUGAGUAGGAUGAGGAUGAGGAUGGUAGAGCUGGAGAGAGACAACACGGCCAUGACGGAACGCUUCAGAGUUAUGGAGACGGAGCUGACCGAGGCCAGAGAGAUGAUGGUGGAGGCCAACACUCAGGAAUACGCCUUCAACUUCCUGCAGCAGUCUCUGAAGAAUAAGAUACAGGACGCUGAGGAGGCGCUGGAGAAACAGACGCUCCAUGCCGAGGGUCUGUCCGAGAAGCUGUGGCUGUCUGAGAGACAGUUGGAGGAGCUAGCGGGGGCCAAGGAGACACGGGACAAGAGGACAUCAGAGCUCAGUGACACUGUCUUCAGACUGGAGACUGAGCUAGGGGAGGCCCAACAGAGAGCCACCCAAGCCUCAGCAGAGCUCAGUCUGCACCAGAAGCUACGAGAUGGUGACCAGCUGAGGGUAAAGGAGCUGGAAGAGAGGAUACUGGAGAAGGGUCAGGAGCUGCAGAGAGCCCAGCAGACUGUCAGCCGUCUCCAGGGACAGGUGUCCGAUAAGCUGAUAGAUAAGGAGCGUUCUCUGGAGGAGGAGAUCCAGCUGAGAGAGAGAGUUCAGCUGCAGUUGAAGCAGGCAGAGAGGACCGUAGAGGACCUGACCAUGGAGCUACAGACUGCUGCACAGACCAAGGAGGACCUGGACAAGCAACUCAAACAGGCUCAGGAGAAAGCGAUAGAUCUUGAGAGCGACCUGGAGGAGAUGCAGGACAGUGAACAGAGUUGGUCCAGGAAGCACAAGAGAGCCAUCGAACAGACAGAACAGCUCCAGCUGAAGUUGAUUCAGGAGAAAUAUGUGAAUGAGCAGCUGGACAGUGAGAAGAUCAACCUGACGAGACAGCUGCGUGACCUGCGUGUGGCGAUGGAGGAACUUCACAGCUCCAGAGUCCAGGUGGAUGUGAUCACUAAGACAGAGAACCGGGUCAAGGAGCUGGAGAACGCUCUCAGAGUGGAGGAGAGGAACAAGGUGGUGAUGAGCAACACCAUCAGUAAACUGGAGAGGAAGAUUAACGAACUGUCUGGUCAGCUGGAGGAGGAACAGAAGAUCGUUACAGAGCAGAAGGACCUGAUGACCCAGAGGAUGCGUUCCCUGAAGCGUCAGCUGAACGAGGCGGAGGAGGAGUCCAGUCGUAGAGACGCUCAGUGCCGCCACACCCAGAGGGAACUGACAGAGGAGAGAGAGACCUCCAACAGACUACAGAGACAGCUCCUGGAUCAGCACCUUCAACUCAAACGUAAGGAGUCCACCAUGCAAAUGAGACAGACUCUGGAGAACCUGCGUCUAGAUCUCAGUGUAGAUGAAGAGGACCAGGCUGACCAACAUCCUCCAAGGCCUGAAUAAAGACAACAGCACCUCCUCAUACUAGCCUUUUUCAACACACCUUUAUUGAUAAAGGUCAGAGUGAUACCCCUAAUACCACCGCUAAUAGACUUGACAAGAAACAGCACAUUCUACACUGGCACCAAUACUGUCAUUUAUCGUACAAAAAGCCCACAAGUUAAGUGUUCAAACCUUCUUUAGCCUCUUUCUCUGUACUAUUGAAAUGUGUCUUUAGUUUUUGUUUUCCAUAAAGGUCCCAAUGCAGCUGUUAUUAUCUCAAUAUUAACUCAUUUCUGGGUAACAAGGAUCUUACUGUGAUUGUUUUCAAUCAAAAUGGUCAAAAAGAAACAAAAAUGGAUUCUUAGCAAAGAGGUUGUAGCAAAGAGGUUUUUUUUAUAAUACAUUUUUUUGCUGGGAGUGUCUGGGAGUGGUGAAACUGACAACUAGCUGUUAUUGGUAGAGAGGUUUUGGAACUCUCUUUCUUAUUGGUCUAUUAACUCAUUUACCGCCUGGUGAUGUCACCAGAGUGGUGAAACUGACAACUAGCUGUUAUUGGUAGAGAGGUUUUGGAACUCUCUUUCUCAUUGGUCUAUUAACUCAUUUACUGCCUGGUAAUGUCACCAGACAGGUCAAAACUCUAUCCCACCAAAAACAGGCUGAAACUUCUGGCUGUCUUUUCAAACCUCUUACAUUAAAGGGGCAUUAUCAUAAUUUUAACAAUUUCACAGUAUUAUUCCAACCCCACAGUGUGGAAAUAUAUAUAGAACACAGGAAACUCAUGUUUUUUUUUUUUUUGGGGGGUCUGUAGAAUAUUAAAGGAAGUAGUAGUUGAAGUGUUGUGAUUCUUUUGAAUCAAAUCAAGCUUUAUUUAUACAGCAGGAGUUAUUACAGUAUAUCAACAGAAUUAUAUUGAAUCAAGCUAGCUAUCCCUGUACUCUCAAGUCACGUGUUUUAGCGAAGAAAAAGGACCAAUAAUCAAUAUAUAUGAUUUGUGUAAAUGUAAUAUACUAACUAUUGCUCUUGUUAAAAAUAUUAAAUGGUAUUACAUUAGGUGAAGAGCACAUUAUGACUUGUUUGGGACUCAAAACUCAAAGUUUAGGACUUGAGACUUGACUCGGACUUGACUCGGACUUGACUCGGACUUGACUUGACUCGGACUUGACUCGGACUUGACUAGCAACAACACUUGUUGCUCAAACCCUGAGAGAGAGGACCAAGACAAACCCUGAGCAGAAGCUCAGAGAGAGAGAGGACCAAGACAAACCCUGAGCAGAAGCUCAGAGAGAGAGAGGACCAAGACAAACUGUUCAAGAAGGACAUUAUUUUAUUCUCAGGACAGGGGAAUCUAAAGGGAAUUCUAUACGAUGUGUAGAAUUCAUCUAACCAUGGAGCUGAUGUGCUGUUUUGUAGUACAGUAUAGACCAUGGAGACUGUAGCAUGAUGUACUACAGUACCCAUAAUGCCCUGUGUACAACCAUUCGUACCAUACCAGUCAGUGUCUAGUCCUAUUGCCCUGUUGUUGAUGUUAUCUUCUACUAUAAGUUAAAGAUGCUCAUGCAUCCGCGAAAGAUGUAAUCACUUACAGGAACUGCUCAUAGUGUGCACUCAGGCUCCACAUAAACAGGAGGUAGGAAGCAGAUCUCGUGUUUUUUGGGGACUUGAGAAUGUGAUAUCCUAUAUUUUAUGGUUUUACGUUUGUAUAAAUAGCUGUUUUAUCUGAUGCAGUUAGAUAAACUCUUAACCCUUCAGAUAAACGUAUUUCACAAAAUGUUCCUUUCCCUUUCUUCACAUGCUGGCAAGACCAAAAAAGGGAUUCAGGGCCCUUGAGAUCAGGUUCCGAGCCCUUGAGAUCAGGUUCCGGGCCCUUGAGAUCAGGUUCCGGGCCCUUGAGAUCAGGUUCCGGGCCCUUGAGAUCAGGUUCUGGGCCCUUGAGAUCAGGUUCCGGGCCCUUGGGUUCUGGGCCCUUGAGAUCAGGUUCCGGGCCCUUGAGAUCAGGUUCCGGGCCCUUGAUCAGGUUCCGGGCCCUUGAGAUCAGGUUCCGGGCCCUUGAGAUCAGGUUCCGGGCCCUUGAGAUCAGGUUCUGGGCCCUUGAGAUCAGGUUCCGGGCCCUUGGGUUCCGGGCCCUUGAGUUCAGGUUCCGGGCCCUUGAGAUCAGGUUCCGGGCCCUUGAGAUCAGGUUCCGGGCCCUUGAGAUCAGGUUCCGGGCCCUUGAGUUCAGGUUCCGGGCCCUUGAGAUCAGGUUCCGGGCCCUUGAGAUCAGGUUCCGGGCCCUUGAGAUCAGGUUCCGGGCCCUUGAGAUCAGGUUCCGGGCCCUUGAGAUCAGGUUCCGGGCCCUUGAGAUCAGGUUCCGGGCCCUUGAGAUCAGGUUCCGGGCCCUUGAGACCCUGUUUUGCAAUAGACUUUUGUAUAUCUUAAAACAAUGCCAUUUAUUAUGUAUUUUUGUAACAGCGUUUAUAUGCUUUAAGGUGCCGUUGGGUUAUUCUACUUUACAGGUGUUUUAUCUUCCUAAAAUGAUGAAUAUUAAUAUUAAAUACAUUUUGAAAAAU